ACGGAAACAUUUCGCUCCAGUACUAUUUCCUGUUCAGCCCAUUUUCUGAUUUUAACCAAUGAGAAUAAAGAUUUCUGAAAAGGGGCGGGACAUUUUGAAAUAAAUACGCCUGUUGGCCAAUCAGAUUGCGCUCGAAGCGGGUCUUGAUAAUCAAGUUUGGUUGAGCCUGCACACGUGGGUUCAGUGUUGAUUUGCCUCUGAAUAUAAGUUAGACAGUCUACAGAUAGCUGUAAUUAAUCUACAUUUUCGUCCAGUGCUAUGCCACAAUGUCUUCAUCAUUUUUCAUAAAAACAAAAUCAAAGCCCAAACUAACCACGAAGGGGGCAAACGGAGCAGCGCCAAAACGAAAGGGUGAUGGGGGUGCUGAUGGAAAGAACAAACUACGAGCAAAGAAGCCCAAUGCCAAAUACAACGAGGAGAUUUCCAGCGAUUCUGAAACAGAAAGUCCUGUAGUGUCCAAGAAGAGGCAAGUCCAUGCGGAGAAUGAUUUUGAUGAAACUCCACAAGAUAAGAAGCUUAGAUUAGCUAAACUGUACCUGGACCAGCUGAAGGAAGAGGAGGAAAAUAAAGCAGAUGAUGAGUCCUUUGAGACAGAUCUUGUGGCAGGAAGGCUUCAAGAAGAAGUGCUUGAACAGAAAGGAAAGCUCCAACGGCUCAUUGCUAAAGAUCUCGUAGCACCAGAUGCUUCAGAUAUCAGGGUGUUGAGAGGACACAAACUUCCAAUUACCUGUCUUGUCGUAACCCCUGAUGACAAAUGCAUAUUUUCUGCUGCCAAAGACUGCUCCGUGAUAAAAUGGGACGUUGAGAGUGGAAAGAAGCUGCACACAAUACCUGGUGGCAGGAAAGGUACGGAAGAUCGCCAUAUCGGACACACGGCUCACAUCCUGUGUAUGGCCAUAUCUUCAGAUGGAAAAUACUUGGCUACUGGAGACAUGAACAAACUUAUCAUGAUCUGGGAGGCUGAAACAUGCAAACAUCUAUUUAAAUUUACAGGACACAAAGGCCCUGUGUCGGGUCUAUCGUUCAGGAAAGGAACCCAUGAUCUGUACAGCGCUUCUCAAGACCGCUCGGUCAAGGUGUGGAAUGUGGACGAGAACGCAUACGUGGAAACUCUCUUUGGCCACCAGGACGCCAUUACAGGGCUGGACAGUCUGAGCCGGGAAUGCUGUGUGACGGCAGGGGGACGGGACGGCACCGUGAGAGUUUGGAAGAUAGCUGAGGAGUCUCAGCUGGUGUUUCAUGGACAUGAUGGUUCAAUUGAUUGUAUCCAGCUCAUAAAUGAGGAGCACAUGAUAACAGGAGCUGAUGAUGGCUCAGUGUCUCUUUGGAGUGUCAACAAGAAGAAGCCUCUCAGCACAGUGAAGAAGGCUCAUGGUUGCCAUGGCGAUGUAGGGCUGGAGCAGCCUCAUUGGGUGGCCUCAGUAGCAGCCCUUCAGAACUCCGAUACCGUUGCCUCAGGUGCCUCCGGCUGUUCGCACAACUCGCAGGUGAAUGUGUGGAAGUGUGGCCAGAACUAUCGUGGGUUGGAGCUUCUAUUCAGUGUUCCAGUGUCCGGAUUUGUCAAUAGUUUGAAGUUUUCAAGCUCCGGUCAGUUCUUGGUAGCCGGCAUCGGACAGGAACACAGGUUGGGUCGCUGGUGGAGAAUCAAAGAUGCCAAAAAUGGGAUCUAUAUCAUUCCACUUAAAAGGAAACCUAAUCCAGAAGAAGCCAAAAUGACUAAAUAAUGAAUUUUUGUAAAUAAAAUGUUUUGAUAACUUGACAUAUAUUGUCUGUUUUGCCCCUUUCUUUUUAAAUCAAUCUCAAU